AUGGCAACACAAAUUGUGGACAGCCUAGAGCCGCGAUUUUCUCUCCCGUUGAGCACACCUCUAUCGAGCAAAACGAAACUAGCCAUCGGCGGACUUCAAAUCUACGUCUAUGGACUACAAGAAGCCAACCGUGAACCCAAUGGCGAAGUGGCCGUUUUGUAUAUGGCACACAACCGAACUCGCACCUAUCGCGUCAUGGAAGACAUGGCCCAUGAGAUCUUGCAUCGGUAUCAAACAGACAAGACCCCAGGCAGAUCAAUUAGCUUGAUUGCCGUGACGAUGAACAUGAGGAACCACGGAGACCGCGAGGUUGAUCCACAGGCAAACCGAGCUUGGAAAGACGGGAAUGAAAACCAUGCGAUGGAUUUGAUCUCAAUGAUUUCUGGAGCUGCACAGGAUUUCAAGCUGGUGGUCGAUUAUCUCCCUUGCUAUCUAUCCCAAUUCACCCGGUUCUACAACAUCAUGGCCGGUGUGUCUCUCGGAGCUCACACUGCUUGGCGGAUUGCCUCACUGGCUUCUCCGGGGCAGUUUUACGCCUAUACAAUGGUAGUCGGCUGUCCAAACUUGACCGAUCUACUGCUCAGUCGGUUAGGCGUUGAUCCCGGACCACACAAGCAAAAUAUCGAUAUUCUGUAUCAGCAAAUGACUUUGGAGCAACAACGGCGCUGGCCACGCUCUCUAGCGGAAAUCGUUCAUCGAGACGAUUGCAAAGUCGCAAAAGAUUUCCCUACAGACGUGCCUUUGCUUUUGUGCAAUGGACUGCACGACAAGCUGGUCCCUGCAAAGUAUACGGCAGCAUGGGUGGAGGAAAGGCGAAGAAAGAGUGACCAGCAUGUAACAUUCUUUGUGCAGGAGAAUACGGGCCACAGCUGCACUAAGGAGAUGGUUGCGAUGAUAGCUGUGUGGCUACGAGAUAUUCUCCCCGUUCACUCUCCUCGGCCAUUCUUGUAG